UUUUCUUUUGGGAGGCCAACUAUCUUUGUGGAGGGUUAGGCUUUACUCCUCGUGCUACAUAUGGCCGUAUGUUGUAUUUUGUAUCCUGCCUUGUAUGUAUCUCUUUCGAGCCUAAACGAUCCGUCGCCCUGUUGAUAAGCUACUAGCGAUUACGUUUUGCCUCUGGCGCGUUUCAAGGCGAGCUACUAUCCGAUGGAGGGUUACCCGGUUAUUGGCACGUGUGACAAUGUCACGCUCGAGAGAUACCCGUUCAGGCAUCAUCUCGCAGAAGGCGGUUGAUCUCGCUUCGGCUAAUUUUCCGUUACAGCAUUUUCUUGUGAGGAUCUUUUCGUUUAGAAGAAAAGGGUUACCCGAUGGAGAGGUUUCGUGGACUUCGCAUUGACACGGCUCCGCCCCCCGAGCAGCCGCAGCUUCAGCUGCAGCCACAGCCGCAGCCGCAGCAGCAUAGCUUCGUGCGGCCAGUCUAUACAGCCUCAGGUUACACUGGUGCACCGGGUUACUCUAACCCGUCUGCUUAUAACGCGUCUUCGGGGUAUUCCGGGACUUCCGGCGUUCAGGGAACGAGCUAUGGUGCAGUAAAUAAUGGUGGCUAUUCAGCCAGUUACCGAGGGCAGUACGGCACGUCGGGUUACCCUAACGCAGCCGGUUACAACCCCGCGUACGGUUACACCUCGGGUUCAUCUAGCUCCAACGCGUCGUACGGUCCCCCCUACCGCGGAGCACCCAUGGGGGGAACCCCCGCCUUGUCUUCCGCAGCUCCCGCAGCUGCAGCGUUUUCCGCUUCAGUUUCCGCCACUGGCGCAGCAAGGGGGGCGGGGGGCGCAGCAGCAGUCCCCGCGGGCGCAGCAAGAAGCGGAACCAGCCCCGUGUGGGCGGGCACGUCCGCCGCUUCCGCUGCCGCCGCCGCUAUUCUGGCGGAAGCGGAUAAAGCGGAUAGAGAGGAGGACCCCGCAGGACGGCGCAGCUACAGCCACUACAGCCACGCGCACGCGCAGGGGGGGCAUAGUCAGACUGCUUCCCGCGUAUCCUCCUCUCGCUCCUCUAUAAGCAGCUCCAGUAACCGCAGCUCCCCUCGAUCAGACGCGACGGACAGAAGCGCGCGCAGGGUGCGGCGGAAAGCGUUCGCCGCGGGCGCGGGGGCGGGCUCGGGGAACUCCGCCGUUUCAGCGUCCCUGUCCGCGGGUGCGGCGGACAGUGGGGGCAGCUCCGAGGGGAAGCGCAGGGAGAGGUCCGCCCGCGCGCGGCUGCCGCGGAACGGGUCUGUGGGGAGCUUGGCGGGGGAGUCCCCUGGGGGGUAUGGGUCAGGGGCGGUGGCAGGGGGGCGGGGAUCCGCGGAAGAGGACGGGGAAGCGCACUCGCGCGAGCAUCGGGGUCAGCUGGCGCAGGUGCAGGGGCAGGCACAGGCGCACGGGCACCCGCCCCAGCACCAGUACCACCAUCAGCAGCAGCAGGCGCAGAAGCACUACCACCAGUACCAGCAGCAGCUGCAGCAGCAGCAGGGGGGCGGGGAUGGAAGCCACGGGGGAAGGGGGGAAGCGCACGGCGGGGGGAGGGGGGAGGCGGAAGGCGGAGCGGGCGUGGUGGACUGGCGCGGGUGGAAGGUGACGCGGAGGCUGGAGUUCGAAGGCGCGGACUGCGCGCUGAUAAAGGCGUUCCUGGGGUCGAGAGACGCGUGGGCGUGCCUGGAGGAGAGCGCGGCGAAUCGGAUCUAUAUCUUCGAGUACCUCAACACUGUGCGGACAUCCCACCCGGCGCUGUUACAGACAUUUCAAGCCGUGCUCCUCUCGCACGGGCUGACCACGGAGCAGCUAAAAGCGCAGAAGAGAGAAGUGCUGCAGCUGUUUGCGCUGCUGCUGACCCCCCAGGACGGGCUGUGGAAGCUCAAGAAGGGUCAGCUGCUGGACAUCAUUUGCAGCUCGGAGACCUGGCGAAGGGACGUACAGAGGCGGGCGGCAGCGGGUGGAGGGAGUCUAGCGGCAGCAGCAAGUGGGGCAGCAGCAGGUGAGGCAGGAGCAGGAACAGCAGGAGCAGGAGCAGGAGGAGCAGGAGCAGGAGCAGGAGCAGGAGCAGGAGCAGGAGCAGGAGCAGGAGCAGGAGCAGGAGCAGGAGCUGGAGUGGGAAGAGCAGGAGGAGCAGACGAAGGAGCAGGAGCAGUGGCAGGUGUAGCAGCAAAAGCUAUGGCGCCGCCUUCAGCUAGUGCCCUAGGGUCGUCACCGACCAUCCAUUUCUCCUCCUCCUCACACCAGCUCACAAGACCAACAGCGCCCGCAAAUCUGGCGACCUCUGGGCCAGGCUCGGCAUCCUCUAGACCUGGCUCGGCAUCCUCUAGGCCAGGCUCGGCAUCCUCUAGGCCCGGUUCGGCAUCCUCUAGACCUGGUUCAGCAUCCUCCAGACCUGGCUCGGUGGCUUCACGACCAGGCUCGGCAUCCUCAAGACCAGGCUCGGGCUCGGUCAGACCUGUUUCAGGCUCGUCUCGGCCCGAGGCAGCGAUAGCUGACACUGCCAGCGGUGCUGCUGCUGCUGCUCCAGCUGCUCCCGCUGCUGCGGCACCACCAGGAGCCAUAUUUCGCCCAUCGCCCCCGUCCGGCAGCCCCCCAGCCUUAUCCCCUCGAGCCUGGCGCAGCAAAGCCGCUUCAACUCAAGCGUCUACUGCUGCAACUCAUGCGUCUAGCACUGCUAUGCCUAGACCCACAGGUAGCGCGGAUGACUCCAAGGGCCAGGUGUCGGCAAAUGGGCUCCUAGCAGCAGCGGCAUUGCCAGCAGCACCAGCCGCACUGGAGCCUGCAGCUGGAGCGGAAUCAGCAGCAGCAGCAGCAGAAGCAGCCGCCACAGCAGCAGCAGCAGUCUCUGCUGCUUCUGCUUCUCCUGUGUCUGCUGCUUCUGCAAGUCAACAGGAGCAAGAAGAAGGCAAGUUUUCCUCCUCCUCCUCUAUUCUCCCAGCCAGCUUCUCCCUUUUCUUCAAGCCUAAGAUCCCCCCAGCUCCUGCCUCCAGACCUCCCUCCUCGUCCACCCACACCCAAACCUCCACUCCAGGUUCGGUAAUCAGCUCCGUCUCCCUAGCCAGCUUCGGCUCCGGCUCCACUAACCCUAACCCUAGCUCGAGGACCGGGGCUGCUUCCGAAGCUAGAUCCGAGCCUCCGUUACGAAGCAUGUCUGGAACCGUAGCAGCCUUACAGCCUGUAUUCAAUCGCUCUCUAACGGAGCGUGUUCCCGCUAGUAGGAGUGCGGAAGGGGCAAUGGGGCAACCGGCCCCAGGAGGGGUAUCAAACGCACAAAGAGGGUCGCUUAUUGCGCCUCUGGGAAUGCCACAGGCGCCAGGGUAUGAGGGGUAUGGGGGGCAGGGGGGGCAGGGAGGGCAGGGAGGGUACGGAGGGUAUGGGGAGAGUGUGUAUGGUGGGGGGAUGCAGGGUUUCGCACAGAGGUUCGGUGCCGCGUUCGCACGUUCGUUUUCUGCAGGGAAAGAAGUGGCCACUGCUGCUGGUGAUGCUGCUGGUAGUGCUGCUUCUGGUGGUGCGGCUGCUGGUGCUGGUGGCGGUGGGCUCGUUAGCGCACUGACAGCAAGAAUGCAGCCCCAGCAGCAGCAGUACCAGCAGUCUCAGCUGCAGUACUCUCGGCAGCAGCAGCAGCAGCAGCAGCAGCAGCAGCAGCAGCAGCAGCAGCAGCAGCAGCAGCAGCAGCAGCAGCAGCAGCAGCAGCAGCAGCAGCAGCAGCAGCAGCAGCAGCAGCAGCAGCAGCAGCAGCAGCAGUAUUACCACCAGCAGCAGCAGCAGGGGCAGGCAUAUGGCAAGAAGCUAGACCUAGGUCCGUUAUCCCCGUUAGAAGAGCAGAGGGACGAGCUUAAACCGGAGCCAAACGGUUUUAUCCGCUCCCAAACUCUAUGGGUGGGCAGCAGGGGCGGCAGGGGUGGUAUCCCCCCUGCAAAAGCUCCAGCUGCUUCUAGCGCAGCGGCUUAUAGAGGGAACGCAGCUACUGCUGCCACUGCCACUGCCACGGCCACUGCUGCUGCUGCUGCUCCUGAGUUUGUGCGAUCUAGCACGCUAUGGGCGGGGAGGGCCGCGCCCCCUACUGUAGCAGCAGGAGCAGCAGAGAGAGGGCUUAUGAGUGGCCGAAUGCCGGGGGUAGGGGAGAGAUCCAUGAGUCUAGGGGGCCGAACGCUGAGCCUUGGAGGCAGGAAUCAGAGCCUAGGAGGAGUAGUGAGGGGCGCUUCACUAGUGAAAGUCGUUCCUGUGCGGAUGGAUGAGGAGGAGGAGGAUGAGGAGGAGGAAGAUUUGUAUGGGGCGGGGUAUGGGGAGGAAGAAGAGGAGGAGGAUUUGUAUGGGGAGGAGAGUGGAGGUGGGGGGGGAGGGGGAGUGAGGGAGGAGGGGGAGGAGUGGGGGAGUGAGGAGAGGAGAGAGAUGAAUGGGGAGGUGAGUGAAGGGGAGGAGGAGGGGGAGAGUCGGGAGGAGGAGGAGGAGAGUCGGGAGGAGGAGGGGGAGAGUGAUGGAGAUGGUGAGAGUGGGGGUAGUGGGGGGAAGGAGGAGGAAGACGAGGGGGGAGGACGAGGGGUGAUUCGAUUGCCGAGCAUUCAAGUUAGGGAUAUGAGAAGGAUAAUGCAGGAGAAACGGAUGCAGCAGGAGAGGGGUGUGGAUCAGCCGCAGCAGCAGCAGCAGCAGCAGCAGCAGCAGCAGCAGCAGCAGCAGCAGCAGCAGCAGCAGCAACAGCAGCAGCAGGAGGACGGGGAGGGAGGAGGGGUGCUCAGGCUGCCGAGCAUACGAGUAGGGGAUAUGAGGAGAGUCAUGCAAGAGAAGCGGAUGCAACAGGAGAGGGAGGUGCAGCAGCAGAGAGAGAGGGAGGCGCUGGUGCAGGAGCAGCAGAGGCGGCAGCAGGAGGAAGAGGCGUGGCAAAGGGAGCAGAUGGCGAAGCAGCAGCAGGAGGAGGAGUGGUGGCGCCAACGGCAAGAGCAGCAGCAGCAGCAGCAGCAGCAGCAGCAGGAACAGAAGCAGGAGGGGGGGAGAAAGGAGAAGGAAGUUUGUAAGCCAACUUACAGGGAAGAGCACUACACUCAGAGGGAUUCUGGAAAAUCGGUUGUAUAUAGGUCAGUUAGCAAUGAUAGUAGUGCUGUAGACGCGCCCUCGGUUAUCAGACACAGCUCUGGGGAGUCUUCUAACGCGGAUGCUGGCAGUGGUAGUGCUGUAGUCGCGCCUUCUGUGAUUAGACACAGUUCGGGGGAGUCUUAUAACGAGGAUGCUGCUAGUGACAGUGGGGGCAGCCACAGGAGCAGCCACAGCAGCAGAAGCAACAGCAAAAGCAGCAGAAGCAGCAGUGGGGCCAAUAGUGGGAGCGACAGCCAUACUAGUGAGCAGAAAACUGAUAGGAGCAGAAGGAAUAGCAGCAAACGGAGCAGUAGGAGUAGCAGCAGGAGUAGCAGCAAGAAAAGCAGUAGGGGGGCUGGGACUGAGAGUGAGAGUGCCAGUGAUAGGAGCAAGGGUGGUGCUAGUGAUGGUGCUAGUGCCAGUGGCAGUGGUAGUGACAGUGGGAGUGACGAUGUUGGGGGCAGUCGCGGUGGUAACAGCCACAGCGGAGGCAGCAAGAGUGAUAACAGCAGGAGUGGUAACAGCAGCAGCAGUAGUCACGAAAGUGGGAGCAGACAAAGCAGCAGACGAAGCAGCAGACGAAGCAGCAGGGGCAGUAGGAGCAGUAGCAAGAGUGGAAGCAUCAGGAGCAGGAGCAGCACCGAGAGUGUGCAUGAGAGUUUGAGUUUUGUUGGGGAAAGUGGCGCUUCAGUCGAUGCUUCUGACACUGUUGCUUCUGCUGGCACUGUUGCUUCUGCUGGCACUGCCACUGGCGCUGCCAACAGUGCUACUGACACUGCCGCUGCUGACACUGUUACUUCUACUGACACUUACACUGCCGCUGCUGACUCUGUUACUGCUUCUGACACUGCUGCUGCGACUGCUAUCACUGCCGCUGCUGCUGACGCCCUCCCUGCUGCUGCUGCUGGCUUUCCUCCAGCUACUGACGCUGCCGCUGCUAUCGCUCCCAUUAAUGCUGUUGCUGCUGCUACUGCCAGUGGUGCUGCUGCUGCUGCUUUUGCUCCAGCUACUGCUACAGAUGCCGCUACUGCUACAGAUGCCGCUACUGCUACAGAUGCUGCUGCUGCUGCUGCUGCUGCUGCUGCUGCUGCUGCUGCUGCUGCUGUUGCUGCUGCAGGUAUUCAUGCCUCUCCCGUUGCUGCUACAGAGGCUACAGAUGCUACAGAUGAUACAGAUGAUGCUGAUGCUGCUGAUGCUGCUGUCACUGCUUCGCCUUCCAUUGCUGACACAGAUGCUGCUGAAACGGAUGUCGUGUUGGCUCCUGAAUCUUGUGCUGCCGUUUCUGCCCUUGCUCCAACCCCUCCUGUUGAUGUUCCCAGUGCUACCGCCACUCCUGUCGUCACUCCCAGUGCUACAGCCACUCCUGUCGUCACUCCCAGUGCUACAGCCACUCCUGUCGUGACUCCCAGUGCUACCGCCACUCCUGUCGUCACUCCCAGUGCUACAGCCACUCCUGUCGUGACUCCCAGUGCUACAGCCGAUCCUGCCGUGACUUCCAGUGCUGCAGCCGAUCCUGUCCCAGAGUCCACUGCUGCUACAGAUGCUCCUUCGUCUGUGCCUGCCCCUGCUACAGACCCUCCUGUUGACAUUCCCAGUGCUACAGCAGUGUCUGUUGACAUUCCUAGUGCUACAGCAGUGUCUGUUGACAUUCCUAGUGCUUCAGCAGUGUCUUUUGACAUCCCUAGUGCUACAGCAGUGUCUGUUGACACUCCUAGUGCUACAGCAGUGUCUGUUGACAUUCCUAGUGCUACAGCAGUGUCUGUUGACAUUCCCAGUGCUACAGCAGUGUCUGUUGACAUCCCUAGUGCUACAGCAGUGUCUUUUGACAUCCCUAGUGCUGCGGCCACUCCUGCCCCAGAGGCCGCUGCUGCUACAGCUUCCUCCACGUCUGUACCUGCCCCUGAUACAGCCUCCCCUGCUACAUCCGCUACGACAGCCAUGCCUGCCCCUGUCCCUCCUGCUGCUACAGCCGUGCCUGCCACCGUCUCUCCUGCUGCUACAGCCGUGCGUGCUCCCGUCUCCCCUGCUGCUACAGCUGUGCCUGCCCCUGUCCCUCCUGCUGCUAUAGCAGCUUUCACUGCAUCCCUUGCAAGUGGUGCAGCAUCCACGUCUGUAGCAGCAGCCAAGCCAACCGCACCUACCUCUGCUAUAUCCGCCCUCCCUGCAUCCCCCCCUGCUACAUCCGCGCCUGCCCCCGUCCCUCCUGCUGCUACAGCCGCUUUCACUGCAUCCCUGGCAAGCGGCGCAGCAGCCACGUCUGUAGCAGCAGCCAAGGCGGCAGCAGCAUUGGCUGCUUUCAAGCGCGCCCCCACCCCCCCCAAGGGCCCUGUUGACCAUGACACGUGGGACUCGGGGGAUGAGGACGAGGGGGGGGGCAGCGGGGGGUGGGGGGGUUCUGGGGGGAGGAAGGGGAGGGCUGCGAGCUAUGGGGGUUUGACAGAUUCGGGGGAAGGAGAAGGGGGAGGGGGAGGGGGAGCGAGAGGGGAGAGGGGAGGCGGUGAGAGGGUGAUGGGAGGGUCGUUAGGUGGUGGGGUUGGCGACAUGGUAGGGAGAGAUGUAGGAAGAGCAGGGGCAUUACAGCCAGGAGAAGAGGUGGCAGCAGAGCGAGGAGGGGAAGGGAGAGGAGGAUUAAAGGGAGCAGGAGGAGCAGAGUCAGGCGCCGUGGCAGGGGUUGGCCUGGCAGGGAAUGGUGCAGCAGGGGCUGGCCUGGCAGGGAAUGGUGCGGUAGGGAAUGGUGGGAAUGGUGUGGCAGGGAGUACUAUGGCCGAAAGUGGUGUGGCAGCUGCCAGUGUAGCAGAUGGGAGUGCCACGUGGCAGGGUAGGGAGUGGUUGGGACAUAUGGAGGUGUUUGGCAGUGCCAUAGACAACAUGUGGAGCCCGCUGCCCGUGUUCCUCGGGGGGAGUACCACCGCACAGUCACAGUUCAAGUCCCCACGUGCAGGCGCGCAGCAGGCACAUUCACAGUUCAAAGCGCACACAAGCAGCCGCUUUGACCCCUCGUCAGCUGCUGCUACUUCUGCUGCUGCUGCUUCUGCUGAUGCCACAGCAACUCUUGCGCUCCCAUCUGGGCUUUCCAUUGACCCGGUUACCCCAUCCACUGGUGUUACUCAUGGGGUUACCCUAUCCGUUACCCCCUCCAGUGUUGUGUCGGGUGGGGGCUACACGCCUGUUGCCCCUCUCCUCACCCCUCCCCCCUUCCUCGCUAGACAGAAUUCUGCUCCUCCUGCUACGCCCAUGGCAAAGCCUAGGGGUGCUGCCCCUGCUUGGGGCACUGAUGCUGGUACUGAUGCUGCUGAUGCUGCUGCUGCUGCUGGAAACACAAACGCUGCUGCUGCUGCUGCUGCGACUGCUGCAGCAGCUGCUACAGGUGCUGCCAUUGCAGGUACAGUUGCUGCUACAGCUACUGCUACAGCCCGCUCUGCCCGCUCUUUCUUUGCCACGGAGCUCAAAUGCACCCUGUGUGGCCACGUGGACCUCUGCCAGCUGGACGCCAGCCUGGCGCGUGAUGUGGCGGAGCUGCAUGCGUUCCUGUGCUGCGGUGACGUCAGCAGUCACAGCAGUGGCAGCAGCGGUAGCAGCAGCAGCAGCAGCACCAGCAGAGACAUUGGGGCAAGCAGAAAUGGCGGCAUUAGUGCCCACAUGAAGCAGUGGUCGUCUCUGCUCCCUCGCACGGCUAUCCACACUCGCCUCCUGGCCGUGCCCACUGCGCUCAGACGCAGGUACAAGCAGACGGAGGAGAGGCAGGCGCAGAGGAGGCAGGGGCAGCAGCAGGGGCAGCAGCAGGGGCAAAAGGAGGGGCAGGGGGAAGGGAAGCAGGAGGGGUGUGUGGUGCUGCAGGCGUUGCAGCGAGGCGUGCGGCGGAACGGAGCGCUCAGUGCGGGCGCACUGCCACAAGUGGGGCUGGGAAUGCUGCAGAUCCUUGCAUCCAUCAUGCGUCCGCUGCCCGGAGUGGCUUGGCUGUCUAAAGACGAGCUGGUGGCGAUCGUGGUGGCUGAAAGGGCGAAGAAAGGGGUGGAAGAGACUGGGGGAGAGGCGAAACAGGUCAUUUUGGGGCAAAAGAAUGCUGCUGCGGCUCCUGCUGCUCCUGCUGGUGCUGCUCCUUCUGCUCCUGCUGCUGCUCCUGCUGCUGCUGCAGCUCCUGCUGCUGCUGCAGCUCCUGCUGCUGCUGCAGCUCCUGCUGCUGCUGCAGCUCCUGCUGCUGCUCCUCCUGCUGCUGCUCCUCCUGCUGCUGCUGCUUCUGGGGUCACAUCGACUGUAGACUCUUCUGCUGCUGCUGUCCCUGUAGCCGCUUUUCUUGCUGCCGCUGUCCCUGUAGCCCCGUCUUCAGUCGCCGGUGUGUCCGCUGCUUCAGGCAGUGCAAUUGAACCUCCUCCUGUUUAUGCAGUUACCACUCCUGUCCACACGGUUACGGCUGCUCCUGUCAACGCGGUUACGGCUCCUGCUGCUGCUGCAGUUGCCGCUGUUCCUGUAAUCGUUUUUACCUCUCCCCCUGCUGCUGCGGUUGCCGCUGCUCCUGUCGACGCAUUUACUGUUGCUCCUGCUGCUCCUGCCACCACUGCCCCUGCUGCUGCGGUAACCCCUGUGCCUGUUUCAGCAGCUGCCAUGGCUUCUCUUGAUGCUGCUAUGGCGGAUCAAGUCACUGCUGCAGUAACAGCUACGUCUGCUCCUGCUGCUGCUCCUUCCUCUGCUCCUGCCACUCUUCCUGUUGCUUUUCCUGAUGCUGCGCCUGCCUCUGCUCCUGCCUCUGCUAUUGCCUGUGCUCCUGCUGCUUCUCUUGCUGCUUCUCCUGCUGCUUCUCUUGCUGCUUCUCCUGCUGCUUCUCCUGCUGCUUCUCCUGCUGCUUCUCCUGCUGCUUCUCUGAUUCACAUGUCAACUGCCCCUGCCUUGGCCGCUGCUCUCACGUGUGCCUCUUCAAGCCAGCCUCAUGCACCACUCAACUCCUCCCAUGCAUCUGCACAUUCAACCAGAGUCCUGCACACUGCUACAGUUUUACAUCCAGCUGCAGUGACACGUGCUGCUACAGUAGCACACCCAGAUACGCAUCCAGCUACAGUAACACACGCUGCUACAGUAGCACAUCCAGUUACGCAUCCAGCUACAGUAACACAUGCCGCUACAGUAGCACACCCACCCCUGUCUGGUCUGCGGCCCAAUCGAGCAGGCAGCAUUCACGUCAAUUCUGCCUUCCACCUCGCUGCCGCCGCCGCUGCUGCUGCUGCUGGUUCUGGAGCUUUUGCUGGUUCUGGAGCUUUUGCUGGUGAUGCUGCUGCUGCCAGUGGUGCUGCCUCUAAUUCUGCGGCUGCAGCAGAUAUCAAUCCUGGUGGUUCUUCUGCCAGACUAACACCCAUCUCUGUUCUCCCCACCUCGCUUACAUCCGAGCGCCUAAGCAGCAGUAGCAGCACCCAUCAGGACGGUUUGCAGAGCGGUGCAGGUGGUGUUGAUGGCGGUGUAAAUAGUGCUGACAACGGUUCUCUGGGGCAACUAGAGGCUCGGGCGCUAGCAGCACUAGAAGACGACCUAAGUCUGAAUGCUAAGGUAGCGAUUCAGGAGCAACGGCAUGCGGCGGAGGCUCGGGCAGUACUUGCCGAAGCUGAGGAGCAGCUUCGGCGUGCACAGGAAGCGGUUUCCCGAGCCAAGGCGGCUGCCUCAGAAGCAUCCCAUCUGGCCGAAGCUGCUGCUGCGGAGGCUCGGGAGGAGAUGGAUCAGCUGGCGGAGGCUCGGGAGCAGGUUAGGAGGAAGGCUGAGGAGUGCCGGCGCGCGUGGGACCGCCACAUCAGCAUCGUGCGCCAGCUGGCGGCUGUGUCUCCUGGAUCUGCUGGCAAAAGGUCUCAUUCUAGAAGGCGUAAGGAGGAGUUUGAAGCGGCAGCUAGGAGUUACGAGGAGUACUUGACAUUGUGGGAGGAGCUUGAAUCCAUGGGACGAGGGGAAGUGCCUGAAACGCCUCAGGCGCGAUAAUGCCCGCCUGCAUGGGAAUGGGCGUGGCGCGUGGACCCUACCGUUGUGAAGCAGCAGCAAGGUGUUUGAGGAGUACUUGACAUUGUGGGAGGAGCUUGAAUUCAUGGCACGAUAAUGUCUGCAUGGCAAUGGCCGGGGGGGACCCAACCCAACCCUACCCAACCCAUUCUCAUGCAGGCGAAUAGAAGAGCCUCCCAGGCACACGCUUCUUUAUGAAGCAUGUUGGAGGGGCCCGAAUUCAUGGGAGUGGGCAUGGUGUCUGGAACACCGCCAGUCGCUACUGCGCACAUGGGAGUCGGCACGGUCCCACCAGGCGCAUUUUCUUUAUGGAGCAGGUUGGAGGAGCCCGAGCCCAUGGGAUUUAGUGGCUUGCCUGACACACCACAUGCGCAAUAGUGACAACAUUGAAAUUAUUGUGUAACCAGCAGUGGCAAAUUAGUGGCACUUUACUGUACAGAUAGCUUGUUUUGGUGGCUUGAGAGGACCAACUACUGAUUGCUGACAGACUGAAUGGAGGAAACUGGGUGUGGCAAAUGCUAGAUAUAUUUUGUAACUGGGCUUUUAUGAUUCUGACUGUAAUUUC